UCCCUCUGCACAGCUUUCCAGGAUGUCCACGUGAUGAUCUUUGUGGGCUUUGGCUUCCUCAUGAUGUUCCUCAAGCGUUAUGGAUUUGGAGCUGUGGGUUUCAAUUUCCUCGUUGCUGCCUUUGGGAUCCAGUGGGCUCUCCUGAUGCAAGGCUGGUUCCACUCUUUCAAGAGUGGGAAGAUCCUCAUCGGAGUGGAGAACCUGAUCAAUGCUGAUUUCUGUGUGGGCUCUGUGUGCAUUGCCUUUGGGGCCAUCCUGGGCAAAACCAGCCCCAUACAGAUCCUCGUCAUGGCUUUGUUUCAAGUCCCUCUCUUCGCGGUGAACGAGUACAUCCUCCUCAACCUGCUUCACGUUAAGGACGCAGGUGGCUCCAUGACCAUUCACACCUUUGGAGCCUACUUUGGCCUCACAGUGACACGCAUCCUAUACAGACCCAACCUGGAGCAAAGUAAGGACAAGCAGGGCUCCGUGUACCACUCCGACCUCUUCGCUAUGAUCGGCACCCUGUAUCUAUGGACCUACUGGCCCAGUUUUAACUCAGCCAUUUCUAAUCAUGGAGAUGCCCAGCACCGGGCUGCCAUAAACACGUACUGCUCGCUGGCCGCUUGCGUCCUCACCACAAUGGCCUUCUCCAGCAUGCUGCAGAAGAAAGGCAAGCUUGACAUGGUCCACAUCCAGAACGCAACGCUGGCGGGCGGCGUGGCCGUGGGCACCAGUGCGGAGAUGAUGCUGACUCCAUAUGGCUCCCUCAUUGUCGGGUCCAUCUGUGGCAUCGUGACCACGGUGGGGUAUGUCUACUUCACGCCUUUUUUGGAGUCCAGGUUGCACAUCCAGGACACGUGCGGCAUCCACAACCUCCACGCCAUGCCGGGCCUUAUUGGGGGCAUUGUGGGGGCCAUCACUGCAGCUGCAGCCACAGAGGAUGUCUAUGGAAAGGAAGGCUUUAUCCAGGCGUUUGACUUCACUGGGCAGUACCGGACGCGGACGCCCAGCGUCCAAGGCGGGUUCCAGGCGGCCGGCAUCAUGGUGUCUCUGCUGAUGGCUUUCGCCGGGGGGGCCCUUGUGG